GACAAAUUUAAUGUAAUUACUUUGCUAAGCAGGUAAGAGAUCAACUGUUUAAUAUUUAAUAACAGAUUGACUGUUAUUACCCUUCAUUUCUACAUAAUUGUGGUUCCUGAUAAUACAUACAGUCUAAAAAUGGAAAAUCUCCUGACUCCUUUGGUGAGCUUUACUGACAGUGUAUAUAUGUCAAUAGCUAAAAGGGUAAAUCAUUAUAAGAAUUUCCAGCAGAGGAUCCGGGGAAUGGUGGAUAAACUUGAGGAGCUGAAGGAUACAAGGGAUGACUUGAAGAGGGAGAUUGAACAAGCCGAGUUCCAGGGAUUGAUGAGCACUAAACAGAUCAAAGGAUGGCUGGAAAGAGUAGAAAAGGCAGAAGCUGAGGCAAAUCUGGUUCUUGCACAGCCUAUAAAGCAGUUGAUGUGCUGUAGACAACCAAGUUGCAGAUCAAGAUACAGGCUCAGCAAAAAAGCCUUGCAGAAGGAAACUGAAAUUAGUGAGCUGAUCACUAAAAAGACAACUUUGGAUGUCCUUGUGCAAGGCUUGCCACAAAUUGACCCUAUACCAUGUGUGCCAACUUUCGGCUUGAAUUCAGCUCUGGAGAUGGCAGUCCAAAACAUUGCAGAUGAUGGAGCAGGAAUGAUUGGAAUUUACGGAAUAGGAGGAGUAGGGAAGACGACGUUCUUGAAAGAGAUCAACAAUGAGUAUAUAUCAAGGUCUGAUGAAUUUGAGGCAGUGAUUUGGGUCACAGUCUCCAAGGAUUAUAGCCUGGAAAGAAUACAGCGCGCUCUUAUCUCAAGGUUGGGUUUGUCUUUUGAUGCAGCAGAAAGCCAAGAGCAACUAACUUCAAGGAUAUACAGCUUCCUGAGGAGGAUUAAGUUCUUGCUCCUGCUUGAUGAUUUGUGGCGAAGACUUGAUCUUGAAAAUAUAGGGAUACCUUUGCCUGACAAGACAAACAGAUGCAAAGUGUUAUUCACAACUCGCUCUAUGGAUGUUUGCAGUGAUAUGGAUGCAAAUACGAAGCUGAAGGUUGACUUCUUGAAUGAGGAGCAUUCGUGGUGCCUCUUUUGUGACAAAGCAAAUCAGACAGAUAUAAUCAACAACUCUGAUUUAAAGCCUUAUGCUGAAGCCAUUGUCAAAAGAUGUGGGGGUCUGCCACUUGCUCUCAUCACUAUAGGAAGGGCCAUGGCCAACAGGAAGACGGAGGAGGAAUGGAAGUAUGCAAUCGAAGCACUGGACAAUGCCCCAUCAGAAUUGCGAGGUAUGCAAGAUGUUUUUACCAUACUGAAAUUUAGUUAUGAAAAUUUGCAAGAUGAUACUUUGAAGAUAUGCUUUUUGUAUUGUGCUUUAUUUCCUGGGGACUAUCCACUCGAGAAAGAACAACUCAUAGAUUAUUGGAUUGGAGAAGGAUAUUUAGAUGGCUCAAAUGAAGAUAGUCUCCAUAACAAGGGGCAUGCUGUUAUUGGUUCUUUGAAGGUUGCAUGUUUGCUAGAAAGCGGUGAAGAUGACACCCAGAUAAAAAUGCAUGAAAUUGUCCGAAGCUUUGCUGUAUGGAUAGCAUCAUAUGAAGGAAAGAACAUGGAGAAGGUUGUGGUGCAAGGUUGCAGUGGACUAUCGGAAUUACCAGAUGUUAAAAAGUGGAAAGUGGCUGAGAAGAUCUCCUUGUUGGGUAAUGAGAUAACCAUGCUUACAGCAGGGCCUGUUUGCCUUAACUUAUCAUCCUUGUUGCUUCAUUGGAAUCGUAGUUUAAGCAAAAUCUCUAAUGAAUUUUUCCAUUAUAUGCCGGUCCUUAAGGUGCUGGACUUAUCAGUAACUAGUAUCAAAGAAGUUCCAGCAAGUAUUGGUCAAUUGGUUGAGUUACGUUAUCUUGAUCUGUCAAGGACUAAGAUAACUGCACUCCCAGAAGACAUAGGCCGUUUAUCAAAGUUGAGGCACUUGGAUUUGCAGCGAACUCAUUCACUAAGAAAGAUUCCGAGAAAGGCAAUUUUACAGCUCAAAAACCUGAGGGUCCUAAAUUUGUAUUACAGUUAUGGAGAAUGGGACAUGUCACAUAAUGAGGGUGAAGGGCUGAUGAAAUUUGAAGACCUGCAAUAUUUGAACCUAACUGCUCUCGGUAUUACCAUGACUGAAUUUUCUGCCUUGACGAAGCUUUCUAGUUUCUACAAUAUAUUAGACUGUAUUCAGUACCUUUUUAUUAAAGGAUGUGAGGGAUUGAUCUAUCUAAUGGUAGCAACUGUGUAUGGUGGCGGAGAGAGAUUAAGACGGCUAAACAUCUAUGGUUGUUGCACUUUAAAAGAAAUAGACUUGGGCUCGGAAGCUGGGAAAGAUUGGCUUCCAAGCCUGGAAGUUUUAUCUUUACAUGCUCUUCCCAACUUGACUACCAUAUGGAGGAACUCUGCAUCUCCAAAAUGUCACAAAAAUCUCCGCUACAUUAAUAUAUGGUACUGCCCCAAGUUGAAGAAUGUCUCCUGGAUCCUUCAACUCCCAAGGCUUGAGAAACUAUAUGUAUUCUACUGUGAAGAAAUAGAAGAAAUAAUAGGAGAAAACGACGUUACAGGAGGAUCAUUAGAGCUACCAUUCCUUAGUCUUAAGACUAUAUCUUUCCGAGGACUCCCUAAAUUGAAGAGCAUUUCCAAAGAAGCACUUUCCUUUCCUGUGCUAAACACAAUUGCUCUGAUCGAGUGUCCACAGCUUAAAAAGCUACCAUCUGCAGCAUAUAACUCGUCAGAUUUUCCGAUAGUGUACUGCAGCAGGGAAUGGUGGGAGAACUUGGAAUGGGAUAUUGCUGCUGCUAGCUCUGCCCUACAUCCUCAAUUCAUAGCAAUUUGAUUGCGCGUCAUCAGAGUUACAUCACUCUUUGUAUGCAUCAUCAACUGAUUUUUUGUAUCACAGCUAUUAAUUUUCUGCUCUGAACAUAUAUAUAGAAGUACAACUUGUCUGAGGAUGCUUGAUAUAGGCCAAUUGCCUAAUAAUUUCAGAAGGGGGAAAGCUAAGUCAGACUUUGAUUAGCUGCAUUGAAUAGCUUAUUUUUAUACUAAUCCAUAUCAGUCAGUCUGAAGAUUGCUAGCCUCUUGUUUGAGUGUAAGAGUAAACAUUGUAAUCCAAUCUACCUUCACUCCAUUUAUAUUUUCAUGCUUGGGCAUGACGUGUCA